AUGAUUACUCAUCGUCGACAAGAUUUAACUAAUAUAAGUUUUGGUUCUACAUGUACGACACCUACUACUACUAAUCUACGUUGGAGUGAUGUUUCAUCAAAUUCAUCAUUUUGUCUGACACCAUUAUCAUUUCAAAGACCAAUGUUAAAAUGUUCUCAUCGUUGUAUAAUUUCUUCAAUUCCACCAGCAUGGUCGCCUAUUUUACCAAUAUCACAAAAAACUACUACUCUUCGUGAUUUUUGUUUACCACGACAAGAACCUCGACCACCAAUUGAUAUAUUCAAUCGAUCAUCAUUAUAUUCAUGUUCACCAUCUUUAGUUAAAUUUAGUCGAACGAAUAUUAAAGAACGUGAAUCAAUAUCAACAAGUAGAACAACACUUCCAUCAACAAAUCAUACCGAUAUUUUUCUACAUUCAACAUCGAAUUUUCUUACUGUUAAUGGACCUAAUACACAUCCUCAUCUUCGUCGUCAUACACGGUAA